AUGACCACUAACGUUAAUGAAUUUGAAGAGCCUUUCUUAGCCGAUGAACAAAUUCAAUGUGAUUCAAUUAUCUCAUCACAGACUUCUUCCAAACUGCCCUCUCCUCUCGAUAGUUUAAAAAUUUCUUCUACCGAAGUACUUGAAAAAAUUACUGAACGAACCCCUUAUGGUAAAUCAACGGUUGCUCAUGCAAAAAUAAUAGCACCGGAUGACGUUGAAAUUAUUUCUUAUUCACAAAUGUCAAAAAUUGAAAACCCGGGCCGUACGUUGUUACUUUUUCCUGGUCCGAACUCCAAAACAUUACAAGAAAUACCAAGAUCCUCAUUUGAUAAACUCUUAGUAGUAGAUGGUACAUGGCGGCAGGCUUCAAAUAUGGCGAGGACCAAUCCUGAACUGAAAAAUAUUCGUAAAGUCACUAUAAACCCGCAAAAAACAUUAUUCUGGAGAUAUCAAAAUAAAGAUGAAUAUCAUUUAGCCACUAUCGAAGCUCUUUACUAUUUUUUGAAAGAAUAUAACGAAGUUUAUGAAAUUCCAGAAGAAACUAUUCAUUCUGAUGUUAGUGGAUAUGAUGGAAGAUAUGACAACUUGUUAUGGUAUUUUAAAUAUUUUUAUGAAUUUAUUCAGACUACUUAUAGAAAACAAAAAGGAAAAAAGAAUUUUACUACUAGACAACGCGAAG